UCUAACUUUAAUCAUUAGCAAAAAAAAUAACACUAUGAGGCUUUAUUCUUUUCUACAGUUUCAUUAUCAAUACAUAAAAAGCAUAAUGUGACGAAAUUUUACACGUAGCAACAAAAGUACUAUAAAGUCUCUCAUCUGUUUUUCAGUUAUCCAACUUUUUGUACAUAUACAUCAUCUGUUAUCUCUGAAACCUUAAAAAUCCUAAUUAAAAACUCAAAACGAAAAGCUUAACUUUACUGCUGGUGAUGGCUUCUGCGAUCCUCCAACGCCUCUCCCUGACUCCUCUCACCAGCCGCGAUCUCAACGUUAGACUCCGCCGCCGCCGUAGUCAUCGGCUGUAGUAGCAUCGCCGUGAACGGCAUGUGACUGUAACCGUUUACAGGAUAUUGAAUUCCAACAGGCUGACAUAAAUCAAGCCAGCAGCUCGGCGGUUGUUGCGGUUGCAGCUGCGAUUGCGUUUGCGUUUGCGUUUGCGUCGCGACCAUUGCCAACAUCAUCUGCGGCGAGGAAUCAACCGCCGCCGCAACGCCAACGGACGAGGAAACCUGCUCGGAAGGAUUGGUUCCGGAGCCUGUGGCGGCAAUAAUCGACGGUUCGGCUUGGCUGAGAAGCCACUCGAUGGUUUCUCCGUCAGAUCGGUGACCCAGCUCACGCGUCAGCUGGAAAAUUCGAGCGGCGGCGAGAGCCGACAUACGAACGCGGCGGCCUCUUCCGUUAACCUUAGUGUGGCGGUCCUUAGACGCGGGGGAGGGUUUCGAAACAGCGAUCUGCGAUUGGGGACGCGAUUCAGGAGCUACAGCGUUAGCGUUGGACUCAGUUGAGCUCAAAUUUUGAAACACCAUAUCUGUAUUCAUCGAUUUCGUUCCUUUUUGUUUGACUAUUUCAGUGAUGAAGAAGCUUUUUUAUGAUCUACAAAGAGAGAAUCUAGGGUUUAAGAAGAAGUAUCAGAAGAAAGAGGGAGAAGACGAUGAUUCGAAUGAUCCUGCACUCCUACUUACUGACACGUUGACCAUUUCCCUCGGGAAGUGGAAGCUAUUAGUCGAUUUUUAUCGUAAUCGUAAAAUUAAUUUAACUCUUUGGGCUUAGGCCCAAUAAUAGGCCCAAGCUGAUCCUCUAAAGUAUAGGGAGAAAAAAAAGGAGAAGAUAACAAAAUCUGACUUCCAUGGCAGCACGAAGAUUUUGUUUUUAUAAAACAAAAAAUUUGAGUGUUUUCGCCUUAUCUGUUCGUCAUGACUCAGUAGAGUAGCCUCAUGUUCUUAUUCGUCUUCCUUAGCCAUUCGCGGAAGCGGAAGCAAAAGCAGAGCCUGUUUCGUUGGUGAUUUUGUGAAAUGGAAGCUGCGAGGAGCUUGGUUUCUUCUUCAUCUCCUUCGUUUCCGACGAAGACCCAUCUCAAGAGCAGCUUCUCUUCUCCUUCCUCUGUAGUGAUGCUUCAUGAACAAACAGCGACUCCUGUAGUUAACUCACGUCAUCUCGCCUCUCUAUCUCGACAUUUUCCUGCGUCAGUUCUCUCACAGGAGCCACGGGAAGAGUCUAGGCCUCUGUCACAUGCGUUUAGAGAAGACAGAACAUCUCAGUUGACUCUGGAGAGGAGGCGGUUUGAUGAACUGGUUUCAUCUCGAGAAGAUGAGAAAUUUGAACAGCAACUGCUUCAAUCUGCUGGUUUAUGGAAUUUGUUGAUAUCUCCUUUAACAGUUGUAUCUCCCUUAGAAGAUGCGGAGCCUUGUGAUGUGGUUGCACUAGCUCAGAAGGCUUUAUCAGCUUCGAAACAAGCUGCAUUGUUAGCGGAAGACUCUGAAGCAGAUCCAUCUGUCAACACCGUGGAUUCUCUCUCCACUAGUGAAGGUUAUGUUCCUCAGAAAAUCAAUGCCAAGAAAAAGAUGAAACAAGGGUUUGAUACGGAUGAUGCGCUCCAGCUCUUCUUGUGGGGACCUGAGACCAAACAGCUUCUGACUGCUAAAGAGGAAGCUGAGCUGAUAUCACAUAUACAGCAUUUGAUGAAGUUGGAGAAGGCAAAGACUAAACUUGAAUCUCAAAACGGCUGUGAACCAACAAUAGCCGAGUGGGCUGGAGCCAUGGGGCUAAGUACCCCUGUCUUGAAAUCUGAAAUCCACCGGGGAAGAAGCAGCCGGGAAAAGCUGAUUACAGCUAACCUACGCCUUGUAGUCCAUAUCGCUAAACAAUAUCAGAAUCGCGGACUCAACUUUCAGGACUUAUUGCAGGAAGGAAGCAUGGGGCUAAUGAAGAGUGUAGAGAAGUUCAAACCGCAAUCCGGAUGCAGAUUCGCUACUUAUGCCUACUGGUGGAUUCGACAGUCAAUAAGAAAGUCUAUAUUUCAAAACUCGAGGACAAUCCGUUUGCCGGAGAACGUGUACAUGCUUCUGGGAAAAGUAUCCGAAGCCAGAAAAACGUGCUUGCAGGAAGGAAAUUACCUUCCGAGCAAAGAAGAACUCGCAAGCCACGUCGGAGUUUCAACAGAGAAGCUGGAUAAACUGCUGUAUAACACAAGAACACCUCUUUCAAUGCAACAGCCCAUUUGGUCUGAUCAAGACACCACCUUUCAGGAAGUAACAGCAGACAGUGGGAUUGAGACACCGACGUUGAGCGUUGGGAAGCAGUUGAUGAGGAACCAUGUACGGAAUCUCCUGAAUGUACUGAGCCCGAAGGAGAGAAGGAUCAUCAAGCUGAGAUUUGGGAUUGAGGGCGGCAAACAGAGAUCAUUGUCGGAGAUAGGAGAGAUUUACGGGCUGUCGAAGGAGAGGGUAAGGCAGCUAGAGAGCCGGGCAUUGUACAGGCUUAAGCAGAACAUGAACAGCCACGGACUCAGUGCUUAUGCUGAUCUGCUUGUUUAGCUCAUGGAGAUAAUUGGCUGCUUCUAUUAUUAAUAAUACUAUGUGUAUACAAAAUUGUUUUCUAUAAGGGGUUUGUUGAUAUUCGGAGGAAUAGGGUUUUCUUGGAUAAGAAGUUUUUGUCUCUAAGGCAAGGAAAAGGAUGGAUCACGAAAUAUCUAUGAUCUUUUUUUGGGGCAAGGAAUAGUGUUUCUUGGAUAAGAGAUUUUAUAUCUAAACUGUGCACAUCUCUGUUUAUUUCCUUUUAAUCAAAUUUUCAUAAACUUAAAA